AUGGCAGUAAUUGCAAUCGGAUUGCGCGCUGCACCGCAAGUUAUCCUAAUUACCCGCUAUGCUAUUCCUAUUCUACUCAAUGCCGUCGUCUUAUUUGGUCUCGCUAGAGUGUAUAUCUCCCCCCCAGAUCCACAGCCAUCUCGAAAGAGAUACAGACGUGUGUGGUUAUUCGUAAUUACGCAAUCUGUACUAUUUACCUACUUUGCUGAUUUACUCGCGUCUUUUUUACACUUUUUUAUCUUCAAAUCUGUUUAUCGCAAUCCAGUCAUAUACGAGCACUGGCUGGCACUCGUCGUGCAUUGCAUCGGUGCUUCUGCAGCAUAUGCUUUUGGUUCCCUUGCCAUUGCCUACGCGGUCCAGAAAAAUAAAAAUAUCUGCUCUUAUGUCCAAUCUUUCUACAUUAUAUCGGUAAUCCUCGAAUUGAGUCUUCUUAUUACGUGGAUUGACUAUCUUAAAUUUUAUUCUGAUACAAAGCAUCUCCCUGCAAUUGAAUAUGCACACAUCGCGAUUCAGUCAUUACGCGUCAUAUGUCUUGCUAUUGGAAGUGCGUUGCUUGUUUGCGGUGUUACUACUACCUUCGUCAGGUAUGACAGCCAUGGCAAUGCUGCGCCUGGUGAGAACUCUCCCUUGCUCAACGACUCUAUACAGUACGGUGCAACCAGCGAAGACACAACUGACACAACUGACACAACUAGUGACGAUGCUACGCACGACGCAAAGGACAAAUCUCCUUCUGCUGGCAUGGGUGCGUUCAUGAAACGUAUGUAUCAACUCGGUGAUGUCCUUUGGCCACGUGGUUCACCACGCCUACAAACACUUGCCUUCUUCUGUCUUGUUUUGUUACUUGUCGGUAGAUAUAUCAACCUUCUCGUUCCAAUUCAGUUGGGUAAAGUUGUCGAAGACCUCUCUUCCUACUCCUCGCCUUGGAAGCACUUGAUCAUUUAUAUCGCUCUUCGAUUCUUCCAAGGCUCCGGAGGCCUUUUGCAAGUAGUCCAGAACAUCGCUUGGAUUCCUAUAACACAGUGGACAGACCGGAACAUGUCUACUCACUGUUUCACCCAUCUCCUCAAUCUUAGCCUGGCGUUCCACACGCACAGGAAGACUGGUGAGAUUCUGCGUAUUCUCGACAAGGGGCAAGCUUUGAACAACUUCUUCCAAAUGCUUCUAUUUUCUAUCUUCCCCACUGUCGCCGAUAUCUGUGUCGCUCUCGGCUACUUCUAUUUCAAAUUCGGUGGGGUGUUGUCGCUCAUCAUCGCGUCUGUCAUGUUCCUCUAUGGGUAUAUAUCGGUGCUUAUCACACGCUGGCGCACAGCGCAGCGUCGCGACUACGUCGCUAAGGACAAUAUAACAAGGGCGAUCUACACGGACGCAUUGCUCAACUACGACACGAUCAAGUAUUUCACAGCCGAAGCGCAUGAAAUCAGUCGCUACACUACCGCUUUCAAGAAUUUCCAAGCGGUGGAGAAAAAGGUGAUAGCGUCGCUGUAUCUUUUGAACAUGGCACAGAACGUUAUUAUUGUCUCGGGUAUAGCAGCGGGUACGGCAGUGGUUUGUGCGGGAGUAGCGCAAGGACGAUCUGAUGCAGCAGAGCUGGUAGUGUUCUUAACUUUCCUCCAGCAGCUAUACGUGCCUUUGAACAAUCUCGGGAUGAUUUACCGUUCGAUUAAUACGAGUCUAGUUGAUAGUGAGAAGCUAAUGCAACUGCUUAGCGAGCACACUGAUAUCAACGACAAGCCUAACGCAGUAGCUUUCCACACUCGUCAACCACUCAUCAAAUUCGAUAGGGUUGGGUUCAGGUAUGAUAGUUCUGGAUACGCACUCGAUAACUUGUCGUUCCAAGUGCCUACAGGUCAGACAGUUGCUCUGGUGGGUGAAAGUGGUAGUGGUAAAAGCACUAUUCUGCGUCUUCUCUACCGCUUCUACGACGUCGACGCGGGUUCUAUCACUAUCAACGGGGUAGACUUGCGCGAUAUGCAGCAACAUGCUCUACGUCGUCUCAUAGCCAUCAUACCGCAAGAUUGCGCCCUCUUCAACGAAUCCAUCGCGUUUAAUUUGAAAUACGGCAAGGAUGAUGCUACAGAUGCGGAGAUAGUAUCGGCUGCGAAAGCGGCGCAGAUGCACGAGCGCAUUCUCUCCUUCCAAGACGGGUACGAUACGCGCGUCGGUGAGCGAGGCGUAAGAUUGAGUGGUGGGGAGAAACAGCGCAUUGCAAUAGCACGCGCUCUCCUCAAAGACGCUCCUAUACUGUGUCUAGAUGAGGCUACGUCGGCUCUCGAUACUAAUACAGAGCGCGAGAUCCAGGCUGCAUUCAACGAGCUCAGUCAGGGUCGCACUACUAUCAUUAUCGCUCAUAGACUCUCCACUAUCGCUAAAUCCGACCUCAUCCUCUUUGUGCAGGACGGUCGCGUCGUUGAGAGCGGUUCGCACUCUCACCUUCUCAGCCUUAACGGCAUGUUUGCGACCAUGUGGAAGAAACAGGUAGAGGGUGAGACUGAAGAUGGCGAUCAUCUUCCUAAGCUCCUCAAGGACUGCAGCUACUGCAGUGGCGUUAAGUGCUCGAGAUGCUCCAAUUGCGGCAAGUGCACAAGCAAGAAAUGCACCUGCGCUAAGAAAGGUAACGAGGACGACCAUUCAUCGUCAGAUUCAGACUCAGGAUCAGAUGAAGAUGAUGAUGAAGAAAAAGACACACGCAAACCCACCCAGCGUCACCAGGAAAAGGUCGAUGAAAAGGGGAAGCAGCCUGCUGACAGAGACUACAGGGAAUACAAACGCACCUACAAUGGCAAAGUCACUGGCAAGAUUGAUGGUGAGUUUGAUUAUAGUUUGAAAUUCUCAACCAAGCUUAUAGACGUUUUAGAAUCUCCUAAGGUCGACAAGAAGCAACCAGACGUCAAGCAAUCUCGUGAGGACCAUGGCAAGGUUGACGGGAACUUCAAAAAGGUUGAUCAGCCACACGUCGAUGUGAAGCAACCAGACGUCAAGCAAUCUCGUGAGGACCAUGGCAAGGUUGACGGGAACUUCAAAAAGGUUGAUCAGCCACACGUCGAUGUGAAGCAACCAGACGUCAAGCAAUCUCGUGAGGACCAUGGCAAGGUUGACGGGAACUUCAAAAAGGUUGAUCAGCCACACGUCGAUGUGAAGCAACCAGACGUCAAGCAAUCUCGUGAGGACCAUGGCAAGGUUGACGGGAACUUCAAAAAGGUUGAUCAGCCACACGUCGAUGUGAAGCAACCAGACGUCAAGCAAUCUCGUGAGGACCAUGGCAAGGUUGACGGGAACUUCAAAAAGGUUGAUCAGCCACACGUCGAUGUGAAGCAACCAGACGUCAAGCAAUCUCGUGAGGACCAUGGCAAGGUUGACGGGAACUUCAAAAAGGUUGAUCAGCCACACGUCGAUGUGAAGCAACCAGACGUCAAGCAAUCUCGUGAGGACCAUGGCAAGGUUGACGGGAACUUCAAAAAGGUUGAUCAGCCACACGUCGAUGUGAAGCAACCAGACGUCAAGCAAUCUCGUGAGGACCAUGGCAAGGUUGACGGGAACUUCAAAAAGGUUGAUCAGCCACACGUCGAUGUGAAGCAACCAGACGUCAAGCAAUCUCGUGAGGACCAUGGCAAGGUUGACGGGAACUUCAAAAAGGUUGAUCAGCCACACGUCGAUGUGAAGCAACCAGACGUCAAGCAAUCUCGUGAGGACCAUGGCAAGGUUGACGGGAACUUCAAAAAGGUUGAUCAGCCACACGUCGAUGUGAAGCAACCAGACGUCAAGCAAUCUCGUGAGGACCAUGGCAAGGUUGACGGGAACUUCAAAAAGGUUGAUCAGCCACACGUCGAUGUGAAGCAACCAGACGUCAAGCAACCUCGUGAGGACCAUGGCAAGAUUGACUGGUCUUUCAAGAGGGUUCAUCUGCCAAACCUGGACGUGAAACAACCACUUUUCGAGCUUCCUGGUCAUUAUGGUAGUAUAUUCAACGGUGUUUCUGUCUUCGGUGGUAAUUUUUUGAUCGAGUCACUUGACUGGUUUAGCUUUGUUUCUGAUAAGCCUGACGCCAUCACGUUCGAUACUCGCCAACCUGUCAUUAAAUUCGAUAAUGUCGUUUUCAGCUACGACUCUGACAAUGCACUGCAAGGCUUAUCGUUUGAAGUUCCCACUGGCAAGACCAUUACGCUCUUCAGUGACGGUGACAGUGGAAAUAAUACGAUAUUAGACUUGCUUUAUCGCUUCCACGAUGUCGGCAAAGGUUCUAUCAGCAUUAAUGGUAUUGAUGUCAGAGACAUGAAGCUUCAGUCACUCAGAAAACACAUUGCCAUCAUCUCGCAAGUUUGCCCAUUAUUCAACGAGACCUUCACCUUCAACUUAAAGUAUGGUAACGAAAGCGCUACUAAGGAAGAGAUCGUAAGCGCCUGUAAAGUUGCUAAGUUACACGACAAGGUACUUUCAUUCCAAUACGGCUACGAUACCAGAAUCGGUGAUGAAGGUAUCACAUUGAACGGUGGUGAUAAAUUGCGUAUAGCCAUAGCUAGAGCAUUGUUGAAAGAUGCACCAAUCUUCUGCUUCGAUGUGACUAGCUUGGAGUUGGAUGAUGACACCGAGAAGGAGAUCCAAGCUUUGUUUGCGGAGUUGAGCGUAACUAGAACGACAAUUAUUAUCUCGAACAGGAUCUCAACAAUCACCAAGUCAGAUGUGAUAUUCUACAUUCAAGGCGGUAAGGUUAUUGAGAGCGGUACAGAAUCUCAGCUUCUCAAUUCGAAUGGUUUAUUCGCUAGGAUGUGGACAAAGCUGGUAGGUGGUACAGAAGACAAGUCGAAGGUCGACAAGAAGCAACCAAACGUCAAGCAAUCGCGUGAGGACCAUGGCAAGGUUGACGUGAACUACAAAAAGGUUGAUCAGCCACACGUCGAUGUGAAGCAACCAGACGUCAAGCAAUCGCGUGAGGACCAUGGCAAGGUUGACGUGAACUACAAAAAGGUUGAUCAGCCACACGUCGAUGUGAAGCAACCAGACGUCAAGCAAUCGCGUGAGGACCAUGGCAAGGUUGACGUGAACUACAAAAAGGUUGAUCAGCCACACGUCGAUGUGAAGCAACCAGACGUCAAGCAAUCGCGUGAGGACCAUGGCAAGGUUGACGUGAACUACAAAAAGGUUGAUCAGCCACACGUCGAUGUGAAGCAACCAGACGUCAAGCAAUCGCGUGAGGACCAUGGCAAGGUUGACGUGAACUACAAAAAGGUUGAUCAGCCACACGUCGAUGUGAAGCAACCAGACGUCAAGCAAUCGCGUGAGGACCAUGGCAAGGUUGACGUGAACUACAAAAAGGUUGAUCAGCCACACGUCGAUGUGAAGCAACCAGACGUCAAGCAAUCUCGUGAGGACCAUGGCAAGAUUGACUGGUCUUUCAAGAGGGUUCAUCUGCCAAACCUGGACGUGAAACAACCACUUUUCGAGCUUCCUGGUCAUUAUGGUAGUAUAUUCAACGGUGUUUCUGUCUUCGGUGGUAAUUUUUUGAUCGAGUCACUUGACUGGUUUAGCUUUGUUUCUGAUAAGCCUGACGCCAUCACGUUCGAUACUCGCCAACCUGUCAUUAAAUUCGAUAAUGUCGUUUUCAGCUACGACUCUGACAAUGCACUGCAAGGCUUAUCGUUUGAAGUUCCCACUGGCAAGACCAUUACGCUCUUCAGUGACGGUGACAGUGGAAAUAAUACGAUAUUAGACUUGCUUUAUCGCUUCCACGAUGUCGGCAAAGGUUCUAUCAGCAUUAAUGGUAUUGAUGUCAGAGACAUGAAGCUUCAGUCACUCAGAAAACACAUUGCCAUCAUCUCGCAAGUUUGCCCAUUAUUCAACGAGACCUUCACCUUCAACUUAAAGUAUGGUAACGAAAGCGCUACUAAGGAAGAGAUCGUAAGCGCCUGUAAAGUUGCUAAGUUACACGACAAGGUACUUUCAUUCCAAUACGGCUACGAUACCAGAAUCGGUGAUGAAGGUAUCACAUUGAACGGUGGUGAUAAAUUGCGUAUAGCCAUAGCUAGAGCAUUGUUGAAAGAUGCACCAAUCUUCUGCUUCGAUGUGACUAGCUUGGAGUUGGAUGAUGACACCGAGAAGGAGAUCCAAGCUUUGUUUGCGGAGUUGAGCGUAACUAGAACGACAAUUAUUAUCUCGAACAGGAUCUCAACAAUCACCAAGUCAGAUGUGAUAUUCUACAUUCAAGGCGGUAAGGUUAUUGAGAGCGGUACAGAAUCUCAGCUUCUCAAUUCGAAUGGUUUAUUCGCUAGGAUGUGGACAAAGCUGGUAGGUGGUACAGAAGACAAGUCGAAGGUCGACAAGAAGCAACCAAACGUCAAGCAAUCGCGUGAGGACCAUGGCAAGGUUGACGUGAACUACAAAAAGGUUGACCAGCCACACGUCGAUGUGAAGCAACCAGACGUCAAGCAACCUCGUGAGGACCAUGGCAAGGUUGAUGGUGAGUUUAAUUAUAGUUUGAAAUUCUCAACCAAGCUUAUAGACGUUUUAGAAUCUCCUAAGGUCGACAAGAAGCAACCAGACGUCAAGCAAUCUCGUGAGGACCAUGGCAAGGUUGACGGGAACUUCAAAAAGGUUGAUCAGCCACACGUCGAUGUGAAGCAACCAGACGUCAAGCAAUCUCGUGAGGACCAUGGCAAGGUUGACGGGAACUUCAAAAAGGUUGAUCAGCCACACGUCGAUGUGAAGCAACCAGACGUCAAGCAAUCUCGUGAGGACCAUGGCAAGGUUGACGGGAACUUCAAAAAGGUUGAUCAGCCACACGUCGAUGUGAAGCAACCAGACGUCAAGCAAUCUCGUGAGGACCAUGGCAAGGUUGACGGGAACUUCAAAAAGGUUGAUCAGCCACACGUCGAUGUGAAGCAACCAGACGUCAAGCAAUCUCGUGAGGACCAUGGCAAGGUUGACGGGAACUUCAAAAAGGUUGAUCAGCCACACGUCGAUGUGAAGCAACCAGACGUCAAGCAAUCUCGUGAGGACCAUGGCAAGGUUGACGGGAACUUCAAAAAGGUUGAUCAGCCACACGUCGAUGUGAAGCAACCAGACGUCAAGCAAUCUCGUGAGGACCAUGGCAAGGUUGACGGGAACUUCAAAAAGGUUGAUCAGCCACACGUCGAUGUGAAGCAACCAGACGUCAAGCAAUCUCGUGAGGACCAUGGCAAGGUUGACGGGAACUUCAAAAAGGUUGAUCAGCCACACGUCGAUGUGAAGCAACCAGACGUCAAGCAAUCUCGUGAGGACCAUGGCAAGGUUGACGGGAACUUCAAAAAGGUUGAUCAGCCACACGUCGAUGUGAAGCAACCAGACGUCAAGCAAUCUCGUGAGGACCAUGGCAAGGUUGACGGGAACUUCAAAAAGGUUGAUCAGCCACACGUCGAUGUGAAGCAACCAGACGUCAAGCAAUCUCGUGAGGACCAUGGCAAGGUUGACGGGAACUUCAAAAAGGUUGAUCAGCCACACGUCGAUGUGAAGCAACCAGACGUCAAGCAACCUCGUGAGGACCAUGGCAAGAUUGACUGGUCUUUCAAGAGGGUUCAUCUGCCAAACCUGGACGUGAAACAACCACUUUUCGAGCUUCCUGGUCAUUAUGGUAGUAUAUUCAACGGUGUUUCUGUCUUCGGUGGUAAUUUUUUGAUCGAGUCACUUGACUGGUUUAGCUUUGUUUCUGAUAAGCCUGACGCCAUCACGUUCGAUACUCGCCAACCUGUCAUUAAAUUCGAUAAUGUCGUUUUCAGCUACGACUCUGACAAUGCACUGCAAGGCUUAUCGUUUGAAGUUCCCACUGGCAAGACCAUUACGCUCUUCAGUGACGGUGACAGUGGAAAUAAUACGAUAUUAGACUUGCUUUAUCGCUUCCACGAUGUCGGCAAAGGUUCUAUCAGCAUUAAUGGUAUUGAUGUCAGAGACAUGAAGCUUCAGUCACUCAGAAAACACAUUGCCAUCAUCUCGCAAGUUUGCCCAUUAUUCAACGAGACCUUCACCUUCAACUUAAAGUAUGGUAACGAAAGCGCUACUAAGGAAGAGAUCGUAAGCGCCUGUAAAGUUGCUAAGUUACACGACAAGGUACUUUCAUUCCAAUACGGCUACGAUACCAGAAUCGGUGAUGAAGGUAUCACAUUGAACGGUGGUGAUAAAUUGCGUAUAGCCAUAGCUAGAGCAUUGUUGAAAGAUGCACCAAUCUUCUGCUUCGAUGUGACUAGCUUGGAGUUGGAUGAUGACACCGAGAAGGAGAUCCAAGCUUUGUUUGCGGAGUUGAGCGUAACUAGAACGACAAUUAUUAUCUCGAACAGGAUCUCAACAAUCACCAAGUCAGAUGUGAUAUUCUACAUUCAAGGCGGUAAGGUUAUUGAGAGCGGUACAGAAUCUCAGCUUCUCAAUUCGAAUGGUUUAUUCGCUACGAUGUGGACAAAACUGGUACGUAGCCAGGAGAAGCAUAUUGGCGGCAAAGACCCAAAGGGACCUUCCCAAGAUCAUCAGGUCGUAAAUGAUCAAGUUGGAACGCGUUGGAGUACUUACAGUGAUGUUUUACUUGGGUCAUCAACGUCUGAUGUGCAAGCCAACCUGAAGCAUUUAGGUGAUGACGUCGAAGGGCCGUUGGAAGAUGAAGAAGACAGCGAUUCAGACAGGACCAUUAAGAAUGCUUCAGAUGAUUCUUCUUCUGACUCGUCGAAUUCUCCUCAACGCCGUCCUAAGUUGCUAGAGGGUGAAGGGACGAACCUUCAAGAUGAGGAUAACGACAGCGAUUCUGACAAAACCGUCAAAAAUAUUUCAGAUGAUUCUUCCUCAUCUGACGAGUCAGAUGGUCCUCCAGGUGAUCCAAAGCAGGCAGAGACCGAAGCCCGUAACGAAUCUUCUAAACAGGACCAGUCACAGCCAGAUGUCGAGUACCCUUCCAAGUUUGAUAGUAUUUUCAACGGUGUUUCUGUCUUCGGUGGUAAUUUUUUGAUCGAGUCACUUGACUGGUUUAGCUUUGUUUCUGAUAAGCCUGACGCCAUCACGUUCGAUACUCGCCAACCUGUCAUUAAAUUCGAUAAUGUCGUUUUCAGCUACGACUCUGACAAUGCACUGCAAGGCUUAUCGUUUGAAGUUCCCACUGGCAAGACCAUUACGCUCUUCAGUGACGGUGACAGUGGAAAUAAUACGAUAUUAGACUUGCUUUAUCGCUUCCACGAUGUCGGCAAAGGUUCUAUCAGCAUUAAUGGUAUUGAUGUCAGAGACAUGAAGCUUCAGUCACUCAGAAAACACAUUGCCAUCAUCUCGCAAGUUUGCCCAUUAUUCAACGAGACCUUCACCUUCAACUUAAAGUAUGGUAACGAAAGCGCUACUAAGGAAGAGAUCGUAAGCGCCUGUAAAGUUGCUAAGUUACACGACAAGGUACUUUCAUUCCAAUACGGCUACGAUACCAGAAUCGGUGAUGAAGGUAUCACAUUGAACGGUGGUGAUAAAUUGCGUAUAGCCAUAGCUAGAGCAUUGUUGAAAGAUGCACCAAUCUUCUGCUUCGAUGUGACUAGCUUGGAGUUGGAUGAUGACACCGAGAAGGAGAUCCAAGCUUUGUUUGCGGAGUUGAGCGUAACUAGAACGACAAUUAUUAUCUCGAACAGGAUCUCAACAAUCACCAAGUCAGAUGUGAUAUUCUACAUUCAAGGCGGUAAGGUUAUUGAGAGCGGUACAGAAUCUCAGCUUCUCAAUUCGAAUGGUUUAUUCGCUACGAUGUGGACAAAACUGGUACGUAGCCAGGAAAAGCAGUCGCAAGAACAGCAACAUGGCGAAGAAGCUCCACAUGCCCUAUCGACCCAUACAACAUCACGACAACUUCAAGAUCGACACAAUGUCAGAAAGUUUAAACUUAGAAACAAGCGCAAAAACCAAGGAAGAGCUUGGUAG